CCUCCUCUUCCUCCUCGUUGAAGGAGCGAGUCGUUCUUUCUGGCCCUUACCUUUCACUUCACCUCACCAUUAGAGUCCGACUUGCACCUAAUGUCUCUGUCAGACACGUCUCUACGCGAGCGGAAAACGAGAGAGCUGAAUGAAGCGGACCCGAAUGCCAUCCCGGAAACCUCGGAUCCCGUCCAAAGCGUGCACCGCGAUCACUCAACUCUGACAUGGAUGGAGAUCCCGGCAUGGCAGCGCGACAAUGAGUAUAUAUUGACUGGAUAUAGACGAGAGCAAUUUAGCUGGAGAGGGUGUGCCUACUCCGUGUUUGGUGUACAUCUGCACAACGAAACAGACACACCUCUUCGGAGCACUCUGUUUGUCGGUCUCCUCGGCACCUUCUACCAGGUCCACCUUGCGCCGUACGAGACGACGGCGUGGCAGGACCUGGUUGUGUUUGUCAUCUCCCUCUCUGCGGCGAUCUUUUGUCUGCUCGCAAGUUCUUGGUAUCACACGUUCUCAGUGCAUUCUAGAGAGGUCGCUGUCCGAUGCCACGCACUCGAUUAUGCUGGAAUAGUGGUCCUUACGGUCGGCUCAUUCUUCCCGUGCGUCUACUACGAAUUCUACUGCGACACACGCCUGCAAGCGGCUUACCUGUCCGUAAUCGUGCUCGUCGGCCUCGGCGCCGCAUACAUCGUGCUCGAUCCCGAGUACUCGAAGCCAACGCAUCGCGGCGCACGGACGAAAGUUUUCAUAGCGCUCGGGCUGAGCGCGGUGUUUCCCGUCGCGCACGGGUUUUUCGUGCACGGACUGCAGAAGCUCUGGACGGAGAUGGGUUUCGGCUGGCUGAUCGCGUCCGGCGCGCUGUACAUUUCGGGUGCCUUGCUCUACGCGAACCGUAUCCCUGAACGCUUCUCGCCGGGGACCUUCGAUUACUUUUUUGCGUCCCAUCAGAUAUUCCACGUCUGCGUCGUCCUCGCAGCGCUCUCGCAUUACGUCUGCGUCUUGACGUCGUUCGAGCACUGGCACGCGCGUGCGGGGCCGUUCUGUCCGUCGUAGCUUGGUCGGCAUUCGUGUUGAAUCCCGUCCCUCUCGAUGAUCCCUGCAAUAGGCAUAAUGCGCCGUAGCUGGAUGUACACUGUAAGUGCCGCUUACGUCGUUAUUGGAUGUCAAUGUAGCUGCACCAUGCACUCACGUUGUGGCGUUUUGGAAGUAGAUGCUGAUUGGAUAAUGCACGAAAUUGUCGCA